AUCUCAAUUGCCAAGGACUGGAAAAAUACAUAAUGUAUAGAAUAGAAUAUUUCAUGUGUUACACCGCGACCAUCCGGAAACUGUUUUGUUUAGCGCGAGCAUUGUUAUUGUAAUGCCGUAUUGUGUCACCAAUCGGGUGUCGGGACCGGGGGCAUUCAACGUCCCGACAUGCGGCACGACCAUUCAGACACUCGUCACUUCAGUAGCCAUUCGGACGUAGCCGCGGACGGAACGCACGAUAUCCCUAUCGAAAACACGGCAAUUACGAACACAAUUUGAUAGACACAAAAAGUAACAGUGUUAAAUCAAGGACUCGGCUAUGAAAUUGAUUAUUGAUUUCAAGUAACGAGUCUGAAAAUUGUGAUUGAUUUAGCAUUUAGCACGUUUGUAGUUACAUGGUGAUUACAGUAUUUAGUGUUGAAAAGUAACAUUGAAGAUGGUUGUAUGGUAUACUUCGGAGGGAAAAGACGAGAGCGAGCAAUCCUCGCCAUUCCGUCGCUGGACCACGGGCAGCGGCGCAGGCAGCUCCUACCGCCACCACGAACACCGCAACAUGUAUAAUAAGCAAAUGAGCGAGGGCGCAGCGCCAGUGGCGACCACAAACGGCGGCGGCUCCAACGUGUCGCGCUGGUCCCUGGGGCUGGAGCACCUGCUGGCAGACCCUGCAGGGUUCGAAGCCUUCGCUCACUUCCUCGCCAAGGAGUUCGCCGCUGAAAACAUUCGUUUCUGGUGGUCAUGUGAGCAGUACAGCGCUAUAUCAGAGCCAGAACGUCGCGGUGCACUGGCAGCUGAGAUCUGGCAGCGCCACCUGGCGGACAAGGCGCCGGAGCCCGUCAACGUGGACGCGGCCGCCCGCCGCGCCGCUAAACUUAUGUUGGAGACCCAUCCACCACCAGCCGAGCUCUUCCAACAGGCUCAGAAGCAGAUCUUCAACGUGAUGAAGUUUGACAGCUACCCUCGUUUCCUCCGCUCCAGUAUACACGCGGAGUGCGCCCGCGCAGACCUGCGCGGACAGCCGCAACCUUACGCCCCCGCCAGGGAUAAUAAUGCUGAACCUACUAAGUUAAAGAAGUCAGAUAGCAAUGCGUCCGAGCGGCGUCGCAGCGGCGGCGGCUCGCUGCUGCCGUGGAAGCUGCGCGCCGGCCGCGACCGGCCCGCCGCCGCCGCGCUAAUGGAACCGCCGCCAGUCACUGAUGUGGUGAAAUCCAGUCAAUCAGUUCCUGGCCAGAGCUUGUUAUGUCGCGUGGUACUACCAGAUGGCGCCACGUCCGUGGUGGGAGUGGACGACUCCAUGACAGUACGACGACUGGUGGACCGACUACUGCAGAGGAGGAACCUGCCCUGUACCAACUAUGAUGUACUGCUUAAGGAUGCUAAUCAGGGUACAUCGACGGCAGUGGAGCUGUCGUGUCCGUCGUCGGUGCUGGGCGGGCGCGAGGCGCAGGUGGAGCGGCGCUGCGUGGUGCGGCUGGAGCUGGGCGCGCGCGGCGUGGCCGUCCGCUGCGGCCCGGCGCGCCGGCUCAGGCACGUGCUGCGCCCCGUGCUCGCCAAGUACGCCGCGCCGCACCCCGCCAGGGUCGUGCUUAGGGAUGGAAGGGCGCUGAAUCCUGAUACACUUAUGCAGGAACUAGACGGCUCUCGUCUCCAAAUAGUGGAAGUAUCAGAAAACGGCGAGUACCGCGCCACUACAGCGGAGCCCCGCGAAGUCGAUGAUGAUACCGACUCACUCAGCGACCUCGCCGUCAGACUGCAGGACGACGCCAUGAGACAACCUGAUGAAAUGGUGAGCAAACCUGCAGUGUCGGCACGGCCAGUGGCAGUAGUCGCGGCAGUGGCGGCGCGGGCGGACGAGUGCGCGCCGCACUGCGGCCGGGACCUCCGCUGCAUCAUCAUCCACCUGGUCAGUAUAUAUAUCAUUAUGACUCAAGCAUUAUUCAACAGAUUUCCUCGCGAAUCUACGAGAGACGCAGCGGCAGAUGCUACAGAACAAGGGUUCGACGUCUCCACCCCCCUCCCCGGGGCCGACGCCCCGCUCCCCGCCCCCGCUGCCCCCCAAGCCGACCCAGCGCGUCCCCCCCACCGUCGUCUGAAGGCAGCCCUCGCCCGCGCCGGCGCAUGAUCACACGCACGACUUCUACAAGUCACAACUUCGGGACCGAAGUAGCCGACCCACUGCUCACAAGACGGACGGAAUCCGUCGAUAACUCAGUUUCUGACACAACUGAGACUCAUGAGCCAUGUCGGCCCCCUUACCUAGACUCCACAGUCAAGGAUUGUCGAAUUACUUCGAACACAACAAACAUUCUGAGUUAACAUAUCUCUUGUACUAUAAAAAGCUCUACACCGAUGAGAAUGUUCAAGGAAUUGUGUAAAUAUAGCUGUUUAAUGUACAAAAAUUUGCCAUCGUAUGAUCCUAAAGACUAAUGGCGUAGCGGCGAUUUACAUUGAAAUAUAAGAUUAUCUAAACAUCUACUAAUGCGACAAUAGCAAAAAGACAUACUCCUUGAACCAAAGUGUUUUUGUAAUUUAUAUUGCAAUGUAAACGCCUGUGCAAAGCAAAGAUCACGUAAAUGUAGCUAUAAUAAUGUACAUUAACAUUAUUUGUAUCUAAAUACAAUAUUUGUAUUAAUUUUGGUGCCUUCCAUAGAUAUAAGACUGCACUAACUUGCGGAUAAAUGGGAAUAUUGUAAAAUGACUCGUUUACACAGAAGAGCAUUUUAAUAUAUCAUUAGUUCCAUUGUAAAUAAAAAAUUGUAAAGAAAUUGUUAAAGAAUAUAUUUUAUGUCGAUUUUCAUGAAUGAAUUGUGUGAAAUCGUAUUUAGACUGAAUAAAUGAACAAAGAACAUAGUUUAAAUUCAAGAUUAGUUUGAAACAUGACUUUUAAAUCUCAUAUUUUGAAUCUUUUACCCAUUUUGUGGAUGUAAGGAAUCGAUUUUAUUGAACUUUGCAUUUAGCCCCACAACCCAGUGACAUGUACUUCAAAACGAUUCAAAUGGCAGUUAUUUUGAUGUUCAUAGAUAACAUUUUAUGUAACAACUAUUAAACUGGCAAUAGUUGAAAAGACAAGGAAUAUUUUGAUGUACACAGAAUUUUGUGAUUUAGUCCCAACGCUUUAGAGAAA